CAUUCACAGAAAGGCAAAGUAGAAUUAGUCACUGCCCGGGCGGGUCCCUCAGGAGUCCCCACCGCGACCACUGCAGACUGCGGGGACUUGGGGAGGGAGCACGCACAAUUGUCCCCAUCCUUCUCCGCUCCGCGUAGCUAGUUCUGCUUGAUCCCUUGGCCUAAUUCCUUGGUUGAAGUCCAGAGCCGGCUGUGGAGAGGGAAGGCCAUCGCCCCACCCCACCCCGCAGCCCUCUGUCCUGCAGGCGCAGGGCUGUAGGGCCUCGGGUGCAGGCUUUCGCUCCAGGCGACCCGGGUAGCCAGCGCGGCAGGUGCAGCACAGCUCGGCAGAUGUAGCUCUCCAGACUGGCACCUCUGAGAACUGUGACAGACUUUUCAGUCCUGUGUCUGACAACCUGAUGUGACGAUGGCGGCCAGGGUGAUUUGGGGUAGCCUCAGCCUGCUUCGAGUCUUAUGGUGUCUCCUUCCCCAGACUGGCUACAUACACCCAGAUGAAUUCUUCCAGUCACCUGAGGUCAUGGCAGAGGACAUCCUGGGUGUGCAGGCUUCACGGCCCUGGGAAUUUUACCCCAGCAGCUCCUGCCGCACUGUGGUCUUCCCACUGCUGACCUCUGGCUCUACCUUCUGGUUGCUCAGGCUCUGGGAAGAGCUGGGGCUCUGGCCUGGUCUGGUGAGUGGCUACAUGCUGCUGGUGGGGCCCCGACUCCUCCUCACUUCCCUCUCCUUUGCCCUGGACUGGGCUAUGUACCAUCUGGCCCCGUUGUGGGGGGCAGAUCGUUGGAAUGCCUUGUGUCUGCUGUCUGGUUCCUAUGUAACCCUGGUUUUCUACACAAGAACCUUCUCCAACACCAUCGAGGGACUGCUCUUCACCUGGCUGCUGGUGCUGGUGUCCCCUUAUGUGGCAAGGAGUCCCACAUCAAAGAAGCCUACCCCAGGUCCACGGUGGCACAGCUAUCUUCUUGGUGCUAUCAUGGCUGCCGGCUUCUUCAAUCGGCCAACCUUUCUAGCCUUUGCUCUGGCCCCCGUCUCUCUCUGGGGCAUCCAUAGAGCUUUGGAACUUGGUGGUAUCAAGGCCCUGAUCCGGGAGGCCUUAGUGCUACUGCCAGGGGCUGCUCUUGCUGCGGGGCUGUUUGUAGCCGUGGACAGCUGGUACUUCUCCAGUCUCUCGGGAUCGACAGGCGUCGUUCUCACACCUGUCAACUUCUUGUACUAUAACCUGGAUCCCCAAAACCUUGCAAGGCAUGGCACGCAUGCACGGCUCACUCACCUGGCAGUCAAUGGCUUCCUGCUCUUUGGGGUACUGCAUGCUCAAGCUUUGCAGGCUGCAUGGCAACAACUCCUCGCCUGCCUCCGUGCAUUUCCACAAACCCGCCUCUUGGGGGAGCCGGGUACCCAGGGUCUGUUGUCUAGCUCCAAGUCUCGUCUCCUCCUUCUCUACUUUACACCCCUGCUCCUGCUGUCCGCCUUUAGCCACCAAGAGCCUAGAUUUCUAAUUCCCCUCCUAGUCCCUCUAGUCCUGCUGUGCAGCCCACAAGCCCAACCUAUACCCAGGAAGGGUACCCUGGUCCUCUUCAAUGUCUCGGGCGCGCUCAUCUUUGGCUGCCUCCAUCAGGGAGGUUUGGUACCUGGCCUGAAGCACCUGGAGCAGGUGGUCCACGCACCUGUCCUCUCAGGCACGACCACCCACUACACACUUCUCUUCACGCACACCUAUAUGCCGCCCCAGCACCUCUUACACCUCUCGGGCCUGGGAUCACCUGUGGAGGUGGUAGACAUGGGUGGGGCUGAGGACAGGGUCCUGUGUCAAGCCUUGAACAACUUCAGCAGACAAGCAGCCUGUCAGCUGGCUGGUGGGCCGUGGCUCUGCCGGUUCUUUGUGGUAACUCCUGGGACCAACAGGCAUGCUCUGGAGCAGUGCCAUUUUCCUCUCAAGAAUGAGACUCUGUUGUUUCCCCACUUGACCAUGGAGGACCCUCCAGCCCUGUCCUCCCUGCUCAGUGGGGCUUGGAGGGAGCAUCUUAGCCUUCACAUUAUAGAACUGGAGAAGCCUGUUAUGACAGAGUGGUCCAAGAGUCAGCCAUAGAAGUCACUCUACCUUCUACACAGGCUGGUUGGCUGGGACACUGGAAUUCCCCCGCUGCUGUCUCUUUGGAGGCAUAGCCAAAGGUUGUUUUAAGUGAGCCCACAUUCCUUUCCCUUAGACAACCAAAGAUCUGACCAGUCGUGGUCCCAAUGCCAAGGUCACCAAAAUAACCUAGCAUAACCCCUGGCACCUGUCUUGUUUCUAUGCUGUUAUUCCCGAUCACUGUAAUGUUUAAAAUAUAUAAUAGCACCUGGUUUGACAGACAAUCAACUGCUGAUGACA